GUAAAGACGCCUUUACAAACGGUAAGAGACGAAGAAGAGUUGGUUUGGUACCCAUAUCAACGCUUAACACUCCAUUUCCUCUCUGCUCAAGGGUCCCAUCGCCAUCUCCAUCUCCAUCUCCAUCUCCACCCACUGCUCUCUUCUCUUCUCAAUUCAGUUCACUUUCGUACCCUUUACCAAACACCAUUACUUAUUCUUUCUCUCUUUUUCUCAAAACUGGUCAUGUCCUUAGGGUUUUCUUCUCAACCCCACCAACUCGUUUUGUGAGUAAAAUGUCAAGGCCUGUGUUACUUGUUUUUCUGUUGAUUGUUCUAAUAAUCACCUCUCAGUUUGAGUGGAAACAGCCACUUGUUAUUGACCUUGAUGCCACUCCUACUAUCUCUCAGCAACAGCAGCAACAACAACAUGUUUCAAAGAGGGAAGAAGUCGUUAAAGAGAAGAUCAUUUUAUCCCAAGAAAAGAACAUUCAACGACUUAAUGAACUAGUUCGUAGUCUUCGGGAACAAUUACAACAAUGUAAAGGAAGCAAUGAGGCAAACGGCACUGCACGCCCUUUGACUGCACAUGUCAUCGGACUUGAACGGCAGCAGCUUCUUGAGGGCUAAGCUGGAUAUCUUUCAAUCCAGGUCAAUGCUUUUAUUAUAUGCUGUUUUUACUUAAUAUAAUAUAUCUUUCUGCUCUACUCAAUUAUAGUUGGGCUGCAUUUACAUGUAAAUUAAGAGACAAACCACUCCCGAGGAUCAAUAACCCAUAAUGUAAUACUCUUUACAUGGUCAAUUUAUGUGUUUUUUUGCAUGUCUCCAGGGUAAUUUAUAUUGUUUUAUUGUUAUUAACCAAACCAAAAUGAUCUACAUCAAAUAUCUAAUUUCAGAUUUGAUUGGAGGCAUUGAGUUACGUUGUUGAAAUCCAAAGUAAUUAUAUAUUUAUCUUUAUAUGUUGUUUUAUAUAAAGUGGUGUACUGGUUUAUAUUUAAAAAUAUAUGUUGGCAAUACUGUAUUGACUAUUUUCUUUGAAUAAUGUUUUAGUUACA